CUGCUAGCCAGACAGCCGCCACCGCACCACAGCAGCCACCACAGCCACCUGCGCUUAGCCUACGCCGCCUCGUCACCGCCCCGUCUCCGUCUCCGCCAACUUCCUCGACCCGGCUUCAACUCGCCAGCACAGCCUCGUGCGCCUGAACUAGCCACCCAACCUCGGUCCACCUCUCCUCCUCCUCUUCAUCUCUCAGCUCGACUCUCGCCAUGCCCCGUGAACUCGCCCGCACCCUCCAGCGCUCCCUGACCCACCUCAAGCCCCCACCGGUCAAGGGCGGCAAGUUCCAGCUCCCGCUCCCGACCCACUUCCGCCCAACGCCCGCCUUCGUCCAGGUCAAGGACCGCAUCCCCUUCUGGCACGUCGCUCCCGGCGACCGCGUCAAGCUCGUCAAGGGCUCCAGCGAAGUCAAGGGCAAGGUCGGCGUCGUCGACCGCGUCGACCGCGAGACCAACCGCGUCUACCUCAAGGAGCCCGAGUUCGCCGCCAAGAAGCGCCAGUUCUCCGAGUACCCGGGGCAGCAGCUCGAGCCCGACUUUGCCGGGAGCGGCGACGCCGGCGGCACCUACACGGUCGCGCGCCCGUUCCACGUCUCGAACGUGCGCCUCCAGGUGCGCGACGGCGAGCACGAGUACACGGCGACGCGCACCCGCAAGAGCAAGGUGACGUGGGACCGCCGCAACCGCCGGUUCGCGUGGAAGCGCUACGUGCUCGUGCCCGAGCUGGGCGCCGGCGACGAGUCGGGCUGGAGGGAGCUGCCCUGGCCCAAGGAGGACGUCCCUACUUCCACCCCGACCGCCCGCGACAUGACCUCGACCACGACCCUCCCCUCCUGGAUCCCCGACCUCUCGGCCCUGUCCCUCGCGCCCUCGCGCGCCGACCUCCCGCGCCUCCCGACCAAGCCCAUCGCGCUCGCAGACGGCGCACCGCCCGAGCUCCAGGUCUCGCAGCUCGACCUCGGCGGGUCGUACUACUCGCGCGCGAGCCGCACCAGGCGCUUCAACGAGCGCAAGGCGGCAGAGAAGGAGUACGGCAAGGGCGUCAUGAAGCAGAAGGCCAAGGACGUCAGGAGGGGCAAGCUGCCCGAGGGCGCCAUCGCGUGGUAGACACGGAGCGAGCGAGAGGGGUCGAGCUCGAGCGAGGGCGAGGAGCAGCACCUGCACACAGUCGUUCCGCAUUCAC